AUGGAGCGCCGUACUUACGAAGGGCACAUGGACUGGCAAUGGGACGGCCAUGCAGGACCGGUCGAUGAAAGCAGCCCAUUCAUCAAGGCGACAGCGAACAGACGGCUGAACAAUGGUUUUGCAUCACCUUCUAAAGGGUCCGAUCUGCCGAGACCUUUCACCACUCCCUCGAAGCCUCUUCAACCUCAGCGCAAGCUCUUUACACCAUUGCAAGCGGCUUCCACACCCCCCGCGCCAGCGUUUCGCAAUCCUGCUUUCACGACUCCGCGCAAACCUUUCGACGAGCAGAUACUCUCCGAGGCCUCGGGUGCCGAGGACAGCCCAGCGCAAGCGUCUGACUACCCCAACGAUACACCUGAAGCGGAUCGCAUGGACACUCAUCUUAGUCCGGUGGGGCCGUCACGGGUCGACAAGGCUACUCGGUACAAAAAGCAUGCUCCAGGGAAGGGGGAGAUUGCAUCGGGACGCGACCAUGGACGUCGGAAGAAAUAUGACAAGGUGCCAGGGUAUAUGAGACGAUCUGCAGAGGUGACUGAUGACGACGAGGAUGAUUCAGGCGCCGAGUACUGGCGCAGCGGACGUUCCAGAUCUCGACGGAGACCCGAGAAACCAGCCCAGAGCGGAAAUCCCGUAGGUCAGUUGUUCAAUAUGCUGGAGCAGCACCACACUGCGCCCGAGAACAUCCACAGAUGGUUUUGGCUGGGCGUCAAUGUCUUUCUCACCUGCUCGGCCUUGGGGAUCGGGCUCGGUUUUCUUCACGCGCUCCAGUCCGACAUGAACAACCUCAACGAGGAGGCCAGAGAGGUCAUCAGGGCUCAGAAGUCGCAGUGUCGCCAGGACUACCAGCUGAACAGGUGCAACGAAGGGGUCGGGCCGCUCUUUCAAAAGACCUGCGAUGAGUUGUUCCAGUGCAUGAUGAAGGACCCGGAAGCAAUCAGCAAGGUCAAACAGAUGAUCAAAGGGACAGCCGACAUUUUGAAUGAGUUUUUCAACGGGCUGUCUUUGCAAACCUGGACUGCGGGAGCUGGCAUCAUCGGCGCCUUGGCCUACUUCAUGACAAGACGCCCAUCAUCACCCGCCGCCCCCGAGCCACCGCGACAUCCGAUUCCAACAGGGUCCUUUGACGAUGCUGCUGGACCUAUCCGACAAGGCGAUGUCACUUGGAUACCAGUGCAGACACCUCAAGCGCACCGGCGUCGGGCCAUACACAUGGACGAUACUGACACAGACCACACACCGCCUCCCUUGCUCUGGACACCGAGCCGAGGCCAUCGCUCCGGGAGCCCGAUCAAGUAUCCGCGAAGCGCAUUGAAGCGCGACUUUUGA